CCAACACGAUGGCGACGGACAGUGUCGACCUCUUCCUCGUCUGCGACACCACGGCCUCCAUGGGCACCUACGUCGCGUCCCUCAGCAGCACACUGCGCCAGAUCUUCGCCUUGACCAAAGUCCUCUUCCACGGUCGCCUCUGCGUCCACCUUGUGUCGUACAAAGACUACUGCGACGGCAGCGACGUCGUCACCUACUGCAGCCAGCGCACGCACACCAACCGCUCCAUGAGCGCAUUUGUCUCGCAACUGCAGGCGUCGGGCGGCGGCGACCACCCCGAAGCGGUCAAGACGGCGCUGCACCAGGUCGCUGCGAUGCGCACGGCAGCCACGGCCGUCGUGCUGCUCUACACGGAUGCGCCGCCGCACCACCGCGCGACGGCGUCCCGCUUCCAGGCCCGCGAAGCCGCCGCGAUUGAUGCCAAUCCGCUCUACCAGGGUGGCGCCGACUGGUUCACGCUGCGAGACGCCCUUGGUGACGCGCACGUUUUCACGUUUCACAAGGAGAUCCCGAGCACGGUAACCUCGGGCGUCUUUUAUGCGCUCUUGGGGCCGCUGAUCGUGCUGGACGACGUAAGCACCAACACGAUCACAGAGGCGUCGAUGGGUCUCCUGCUGCAGCUCAUGGGCCAGUCGUUUGCAAGUCGCGUCAAGUUUGCCAUCACCGACGUCUACCACAAGCAAACGACGCACUACGACCGUACGUUGUCGCUGCCGUCCGAGAACGACUUGCCGGACCUCUUCUCGCUCACAACGGCGACGCGACCGUUUGCGUUCGAGCCGCUGCCGGCGCUCCGACAAGACCUCGACGCGCUGCCCGACCGCUUCCGGCGCGACGAGACGUACCAAGGCACGGUCUAUAACGUGCUCAAGGUGCUCUUCACGCCAUCUCUCGUGCUCGCCGUGACGUACAACCCGAUCGUUGGCAAGCUCUGGUCGCUCGUGUGCAGUCGUCGCCUCGACCCGCGCCUCAAAGCCUUGACGACGCGCCUCUCGCAGUGCGUGCCGGGUCUCGACGGCGACAGUCGGCGCCAACUGCAGGCGUGGAUCGCCGACGCCAGAGACGCCACCGAGCGCAUUCGAGACGUGGUCGCAUCGGCAUCGGCAACCGGUGGCUACUACAUUUUGGACGCCGGCGUCGAUCUCGCCAAUGUCGACACGGAGGCACUACGGUCGCUCGCGCGGGCGCCGCGCCGGGGCGCGCUCCAGCAAGUCCAGACGCUGCUCACACAGCUGCAGUGGUUCGCAACGGUCCCGGCAGAGGCGACGGUGCUGGACGACGGUGCACCGAUGUACCUUCCCGUCGACGUCUCGGACGCCGACCUUUUCGCGUGUCUCCCGCACCUGCUCAGUCCCGGCUUGGCCUUCUCGAGUACCGGUGCCAUGGUCCUUGCGCUUCUCUGCGCGCUCUCGGACCACCAUCUUCUCGCGCACCGGGCACGCGCGCACCUCGACGCCAGGCGCGGCCACUGGUUGCACUUGGAUCGUAUCGACAUGUACCCGGAACUCGUCUCGCUCGAUUACAUCAAGCUCUUGCACCGUGGCCGCGCCUUCUUGAAUAGUGACGAAGCGCACGUCUACGGCGUCUUGCAUACCAUGUACCGGCUGCGGCUCGCAGCGACCAAGCUCGUCGACGUCUCUGUCGGGUUCGUUCCUGCAAAGAUGACGUGGCAUCCGGACGAGACGGCCCCGUGCCACUCGUGCGGCGCCUUUGUGAGUUUUUCGCUCAUGGUGUCGAGAACCAAGUGCGCGCUGUGCGUCACGGACGGCGUCGCCGGUGCCAUCGCGCGGCACCGAGCAGCCGCGGCACCCGCUGGUCACUCGCGCCGCGUGCAGUGUUCAAGGUGCCUCGCCUUGUAUGCGGUGGUGUGUGUCGACGAUCUGACGAUCGCGCCCAAGUGCCACUACUGCCGACAGCACACCAAGCACGACAAGAUCCCGGUCACCGAGUGCACCGGGUGCCACAACCGGUUGCUCGACCCGGCAGGUCUCUACGCCGCCCGACAGACGAGCAACGCGACAUGGCGAUGCGCAGUUUGCACAACGACACCGGCGGCAGCAACGUCGGUCGUGCCGUCGACGAUCGAGUGCCUCUUCAAGGCGAACCCGAGCCUCGCGAGCCUCGUGCAGUGGUCCAAGCCAAAGAAGGCGUCGACGUUCGUGGACCUCGUGUUCGACCGCACGUGCAACUACUUUGCGCUCGCCACGCAGCACGCCAAGCUCCUCUUUGGUGCGCGUCGACACUCGAUCGAGAGCGACGGCGAUACGACGACGACAUCGACGCUGUGGAGCCACGGCAAAGUCAUCUUGCAGGCGUCGGCGCUGUGCACCGAGCUCGCAGAGUUUCUCACGCACGGAGAUCUCACCGAGCCGUGCUCUCUCUGCUACAACGACGUGCCGUUGCCCGGGCUUCAGAGCGCGUGCGGUCGGUGCGCGACGCGCGUCUGCACGCCGUGCCUCCAGACCUGGUACGGAGCGACGCAACCGGGCCACCUGCUGUCGCCGCCGCACCUGACCUGUCCGUUUUGCCGCCGAGAUCCGACGCUCGACGUACUCUUGCGCUUCAACCGACAAGCGUGCGCGGUGACGACGGGCCACCGACGCCCGCAGUGGCGCCACGACGUCUACUACGGCUGGUGCCUCGCGUGCUACGGCGUCAAGAUCAUGGCCAACCGCGCGUGCGUCGAGGCGCCGCCGACCGAGAUAUCGGACUUUUCGUGCACCGAUUGCAUCGCGGCCCACGUGCGAUCGAGGUUCAAGAGAUGUCCGCGCUGCACCGUGCGCAUCGAGAAGGACGGCGGCUGCAACCACAUGACGUGCGAUUGCGGCCAGCACUUUUGCUGGCUCUGCCUACAAGCGUGCGAGUCGGGCACCGCCACGUACGCCCACCUUUACGCUGCGCACCGCGGCGCUGGCUGGUAG